UCCAUAGCUCUGACUGCUUCAUUUUGAUACCAAGUUGGUUGAUUAUUGUUUAAAAAUAAAAAUCAAUAUCUGAUAAGCUCAUCAAGAUAUGAAGCAAAAACAAAGAAAUGCUAUUGAUUUGGAUCAUGAUGCUAAGAUGAAUCCAGAGGAGCGCAGGAGACUUCAGGAAAACAUCCAACAGUGGAAUUCAAACCGACUGAGUCUGUUUGAGAUCACUGGACCUGAUGAGGAUUCUGUAUUUCAUGGAGUUAUUCGUUUCCACCUCCAAGACCAUAUUUCAGGGAACUAUGCCACAAAAUGCAUUUGUAUCUCAAGUGCUUCUACCACACAAGAGGUCAUUGAAACGCUGUUGGAGAAGUUUCAACAUGACGGGACCUCUCUGCCUUUCUCAUACUCAUUGUAUGAGGUCUUAAAAAAUCAAGAAGAAAGAAAACUGGACCUUUCAGAAAAUCCCUUGGUGGUUCAACUCAACUGGAAUAAAGACACAGAUGGCAGAUUUGUCUUGAGGAAUGACGGUUGUGUAACUUUACAGGAUGGCUGUGUGGAAAAUAAGGAAAAAGUUGGAGUAAUUGAACAUUUCAAGAGGACAUUAUCAAAAAAAGAGAAGAAAAGUAAAAAGACGAAAAACGUUUCUAGCAGUCACAGUGUCUCUGACAGUAAAGCAAACAGGCUGACACAAGACUAUCUCCCACUCAGCAUUUCUUUAAAGGAAAAAGAUGAGGAGUCUUUCUUGCUCGCUGUAAUAAAUGACAUUAACAGCUCUACGAUUCACUUUAAGCUCUCGCCUGCUUAUGUGUUUUAUCUGGUCGGGCGAUUUAUAACCAGUCAUAAACCUCUGCAGUCUGAACAGAAGGUCUGCGGGAUAUUUGACAAGAUUGUGCACUUGAUUCAAGGCGUCAUUCAGAAACAGAGGAACAUCGCGGUUUCUCUUGCCUUCUGGAUGGCCAACACAUCCGAGCUCCUGAACUUCAUGAGACGGGACAGGGAUCUGUGUCCCAUCACGCUCCAGGCUCAAAAUACUCUCACUCAACUUGUGCAGCAGGCUUUCAGGUACCUGUCACAUCGGCUUCAGGUUGAUCUUGAAAAUCAAUUACCUGCAUUCUUUGCUGAUGUAAAAAAAGAAAUGGCACAGGAAAAAGAAAUAGAAGGCGUCUUGAACACUUUCAUGAAGACCAUGAGUUUGCUCCGAAGGUGUCAGGUCAACCCUGCUCUGAGCAUCCAGCUUUUUUCUCAGCUCUUUCACUUCAUGGGGGCAUGGAUCUUGAACCGGCUCACCGCGCCGGGAUCCAGGCUGUGCUCGAACUACUGGGGCAAAACUCUACAGCAGCGUCUGAUGCACGUGGAGGCCUGGGCAGAAAGACAAGGGCUGGAGCUGGCCGUUGACUGCCAUCUCAGUCGUAUAAUCCAGGCGACGAUGCUUUUAACCAUGACCUCUUCCUCUACACGCGACGCCCAGGUGAUUCAGUCCACAUGCUACAAGCUGAACUCACUACAGCUAAGAGCACUGAUGAGCAAACAUCCCUACAGCCCAAAUCAACCCCACUUUUCAGCCAAACCUGAACCAAUGAAAAUAACUCUAAAGAAACCUUUGCACGGUGGAAUGGGAGUGAGCAUUGUAGCAGCCAAGGGCUGGACAGGAAAACUUGGCAUUUUUAUCAAAUCUGUCGUCCAGGGAGGAGCAGCAAAUGAGGAUGGCAGACUGAAUCCAGGAGAUCAGUUACUGAGUGUGGAUGGCAAAAGCCUUGUGGGAGUGUCACAGGAAAGGGCUGCCGAGAUAAUGAUGCACACUGGAACAGUUGUGUCACUGGAAAUUGUCAAGUCAGCAGCCGUAUAUUAUGGUUUUGAGGGAGUAUUUACCCAGUCGCCACAACAAAUGUAA